AUCGUGCCGGGACUUUGCACAAAAGGACAGAGAGCUUUUCAUUCUCUGUGCGGAGUGAGCAGUGGCACCCUCCCAUCACGGGUGAAAAUGGGGAAAAGGGAGAGGGGGUGCGGUGCGAACGUCCCGACUCUCAGACCGAGACUCCAGAAUCCAGCCAGAUGCCCAAGUCACCCUUGCGAAGAAAGAACUUAGCUGGGUCCCGACCCCGGGCCGCGGGAGGCGCGGGCACCGCCGGAACACCGCAGGGUGCGGGCCGCGCGCCUGGGGCGGGGCGGUGAGGAGCCGGGAGUGCGGGGCCGCCCCCCACGAGCCCCUCCCGGGCCUCCGCUCCCGCCGUGGGGCGGGGGCUGGGUGGCAGGGGGCGGGGGCCGCCGCGCGCGCACUCGUGGGGGAGCGGCCUGAGCGAGCGCGAGCCGCCCGCGUGUCGGAAGGGAGUGGGCGCUGCGCGCGGCUGGGGCAUCAUGGCCCCCCUGCUCCUCCUCCUCCUCCUGCUGCUGCUGCCGCUGCUGCUCCGGCCGCGCCUCUGGCCGCAGCUGCGCUGGCUCGCGGCGGACUUGACCUUCGCGGUGCGCGCCCUACGCUGCAAACGGGCUCUCCGAGCGCGCGCCCUGGCCGCGGCUGCCGCCGACCCGGAAGGUCCCGAGGGGGGCUGCAGCCUGGCCUGGCGACUCGCGCAACUGGCCCGGGAGCGCCCCGCGCACACCUUUCUCGUUCACGGCGCGCGGCGCUUCAGCUACGCGGAGGCUGAGCGCCAGAGCAACCGGGCCGCGCGCGCCUUUCUACGCGCGCGAAGCUGCGGCGCGGGGAUCGGCGCCCCGGACGCGGCAGCCGGAAGCGGCGCGGCAAGGGACGUGCGGGAAGGGGAUGGCGCGGCCCCUCUGGCACCUGGGGCCACCGUGGCGCUGCUGCUUCCCGCCUGCCCAGAGUUCCUGUGGCUCUGGUUCGGGCUGGCCAAGGCCGGCCUGCGCACGGCCUUCGUGCCCACCGCCCUGCGCCGGGGUCCCCUGCUGCACUGCCUCCGCAGCUGCGCGGCGCGCGCCCUGGUGCUGGCGCCAGAGUUCUUGGAGUCCCUGGAGCCCGACCUGCCGGCGCUGAGAGCCAUGGGGCUCCGCCUGUGGGCUGCAGGCCCUCAGACCCACCCUGCUGGAAUCAGUGAUCUGCUGACUGAGGCCUCAGCGGAGGGGGAUGGGCCAGUGCCAGGGUACCUGUCUGCGCCCCAGAGCCUAAUGGACACGUGCUUGUACAUAUUCACCUCUGGCACCACGGGCCUCCCCAAGGCCGCUCGGAUCAGCCACCUGAAGAUCCUGCAGUGCCAGGGUUUCUACCAGCUGUGCGGCGCCCGCCGGGACGAUGUGGUCUACCUCGCGCUCCCACUCUACCACAUGUCUGGCUCCCUGUUGGGCAUUGUGGGCUGCCUGGGCCUUGGGGCCACAGUGGUGCUGAAGUCCCGGUUCUCAGCCGGUCAGUUCUGGGAGGACUGCCAGCAGCACAGGGUGACGGUGUUCCAGUACAUCGGAGAAUUAUGCCGCUACCUUGUCAACCAGCCCCCGAGCAAAGCCGAACGUGGACACAGGGUCCGGCUGGCGGUGGGCAGUGGGCUGCGCCCAGACACCUGGGAGCGUUUCGUGCGGCGCUUUGGGCCCCUGCAGGUGCUGGAGACUUACGGACUGACCGAGGGCAACGUGGCCACCUUCAACUACACAGGACAGCGGGGCGCCGUGGGGCGGGCGUCCUGGCUUUACAAGCAAGUCUUCCCCUUCUCUUUGAUUCGCUGUGAUGUCACCACAGGGGAGCCGAUCCGGGACACCCAGGGGCACUGUGUGGCCACAUCUCCAGGUGAGCCAGGGCUGCUGGUGGCCCCGGUGAGCCAGCAGUCCCCGUUCCUGGGCUACGCUGGGGGGCCAGAGCUGGCCCAGGGCAAGCUGCUGCAGGAUGUCUUCCGGCCGGGGGAUGUUUUCUUCAACACCGGGGACCUGCUGGUCUGCGACAGCCAAGGCUUCCUGCACUUCCGUGAUCGUACUGGAGAUACCUUCAGGUGGAAGGGGGAGAAUGUAGCCACCACAGAGGUGGCAGAGGCCCUGGAGGCCCUGGAUUUCCUUCAGGAGGUGAACGCCUACGGAGUCGCUGUGCCAGGGCACGAAGGCAGGGCUGGAAUGGUGGCCCUGGUUCUGCGUCCCCCCCAUUCUUUGGACCUUGUGCAGCUCUACGCCCAUGUCUCUGAGAACUUGCCACCUUAUGCCUGGCCUCGAUUCCUACGGCUGCAGGACUCUCUAGCCACCACAGAGACCUUCAAGCAGCAGAAGGUACGAAUGGCAAAGGAGGGCUUUGACCCAAGCACGCUGUCCGACCCGCUGUACGUCCUGGACCAGGCUGGGGGAGCCUACUUGCCCCUCACACCUGCCCGGUACGGGGCCCUCCUGACUGGCGACCUUCGCAUCUGAGAGCCUCCAUGCCAAGCACCCAAGGUGGUACUUUGUGGGGUGGGGGCAUUGCAGGCCUGUAGGGGGUGUCAGGGGCCUUUUCUAUACCAGAUUUGUAAUCAUUAUUUUGUAAUAAAUGGGGCUGGAGCCAAGCUGGCUCUGCCUUUCUGACCUACAGUCCCCGUGUGUAGA